GCGUGAUCUCCGUCUCUUCCCGGUUUGUUUUUGUUCUCCAACAAAGUGCGAGUCACUGAGCAGGAGAGUCCGGCUCAUCAAGUGGAGGGAGGACACCGUCUUUGAGCCUUUGUUCCGAUUCGCAACAGCUCGAUGUCUGUUUCAACACUGCAGAAUGGGUCCUGGUUAGGAAAAUUGUGGAAAUAAGGAAACAUUACGAUUUUUGGGUAGAGCUGAUGCGGCUCAGGAACGAUCGGCGGCCCGCUGCCGUGUCUGAAGCCUGGGGCUGAGCUGCCGCGGCUCCGCUAACGGAGAAGGACACGCCGUCGUCACAUAACAGAGCAGCGUCAAAGCAACUAACUCUGAUUCUCUUCUGGGAGUGCCCUCACGUGCAACGUCGCCAAGAUAGCUGGACCGAGCAGGAAACGGCACAGCUCAGAUCCAGACCCCUGUGGAAGUGGCUCCGGGAGCGAGGUGGGCGACGGCCAACUCGUUAGUGGCAAGUGGCUGAAGAUGGCCAGCAGCAGUACAGGUUCCAGUGAAUCGGGCCGAAGGCGAGGUCAGAGAGGGCCUGACGACAUGGCCAGCACAAGCAAAAAGAAGCAGAAGGAUAGAGUCAAUCAGGAGAGCAAGGAGGCCAAGCGGACGGCUUCAGUUACCAACACAGAGACUAGGAAAGAUUUGUUUCUGGACUGGAAACAGAGUGCAUAUGAGGUGAUCGUCAGGCUGAACUGUGGAGAUGCUGGGGUGCAGAGAGUAGAGGACAUUGAUUCUGCCUUUUCUGAUACAGCUUGCCAUAUUCGCUUGCCAGAUGGCCGUGAAUGGAGCUGUCACCUCCAUGAGGAGAUUGAGGCCUCCUGCAGUAAACUGCUUUAUAAGGAGAAAACAAAUAUCCUGCAGCUAGUAAUGCACAAGAAGAUCCCCCUCAACACAUGGCCCGUCCUUGCUAACAAGAAAGAAACUGAACCAGUCAACAUUCUUAAAGAGAAUGGUAGUAACCACCACCAGUCAACUACAGGGCAGUCCAAAAAAUCUGCCGAACCCAUUGAAACGCAGAAAACGUCCGCACUGAACUCUGCUGAGCAGAAACGAGGUAAACCCGACCGAGGGUUGAAACGAGGAAUGAAAGGAAAACAGAUGGAGAACACUGACAGUGCAGGUGUAAAAUUAGUUGAGCAGAAAACAGGUGAUAAAGCAGACCUGAACAAUGAGCCCAGUGCAAAACGCACCACACUGUCCUCCAAAAACACAACAGAGACCUCUCAAGCACCCAUUUCGGCAAGAGAGCCUCAAUCCAAACCAGCAGUUAAUGGAAAGCCACAUGAAUCGGCCAUUAGCAGCACUGUAUCUUCAUCUAGCAAAGCUAAAGACAACAGAGCUCAGCUGCAGUGCAAAGAUCAAGCAUGCCAGUCAUCGCUGAAAGAAAAAGGGGUGGACAAGAUGCCAAAAAGACAUGCUCAGGUUGAAGCAGAUGAGAGCAGGACGCUUUCCCCAGUGUGUGAACCAAAGGUGGCACAGCAGGAGAAUUCUUCCUCUCAAGUGAGAACACACACUUCUGGUGAUUCAUGCGCUGAAAGAAUAGAAUUAGAAGAGGUAAAAAACAGAAAGGAAAAUAAGAAGCCAGAGGCUGCUACACAGAUCCCUAAAAUGAUUCAAUCUCAAAAUAUGGGAUCUGAAGAGCCUGUCUCAACAACUGCCUCUAAGAGAGAUGAGUCCCUUCAGAAGAUCUGUACAGAGGAGAAGAGAGACAUGUCCAAGGAGGAGCCACAUGGAGUACACCAGGAAGAGGACACUGAAGGUCCUGAGCCGAUGGUAAACCUGGAGUUUGUUAAGAAUGACUCUUAUGAGAAAGGGACCGACCUGAUGGUUGUUAAUGUCUACAUGAAAGAAAUUUGCCGGGAGACAUCCAGGGUGCUGUUCAGGGAACAAGACUUCACUCUUAUAUUCCAGACCAGGGAUCCAAAUUUUUUGCGCCUUCAUCCAGUUUGUGGCCCAAACACCGUCUUUAAAUGGCAGGUUAAACUCAGGAAUCUAAUCCAGCCAGAUCAGUCCAGCUACGCCUUCACUCCGUCCCGUAUUGAUAUAACCCUGAAGAAAAGACACAGUCAGCGCUGGGAGGCUCUGGAGGCCCCAGCCACACAAGGUGCAGUGGGGGGCGCCAAGGUUGCUGUGCCCUCCAGCCCUUCCUCACUCGAAAAGAGUCAGCCAGGAAGCAGCCAGCAUGCACUUCCUACUAAAGAAGAACCUCGAGUUGGGGAGGAGAAAGCCAAACCCCCUCGAGCACCACAGGAUACGGGUCUGGAUGCCGUGGCCCCUCGCUCGGUCCCCGACCACAUGCCCCUCAAACAGGAACCAACUCUUGCCACGCCCAAGCCCACCUGUAUGGUGCAGCCCAUGACUCACACUCCUCCUGCAUGCAGUGAGAGAGCUGAAGAAGUGGAGGAGAAGAAGGUGUGUCUCCCUGGCUUCACUGGAUUGGUAAAUCUGGGAAACACCUGCUUUAUGAACAGCGUAAUCCAGUCGCUCUCCAACACACGGGAGCUCAGGGAUUAUUUCCACGAUCGAGCGUUUGAGUCUGAGAUUAACUGUAAUAAUCCAUUGGGCACGGGUGGUCGGCUGGCCAUUGGGUUUGCUGUUUUGCUUCGAGCUCUGUGGAAGGGCACUCACCACGCCUUUCAACCCUCCAAAUUAAAGGCUAUAGUUGCCAGUAAAGCCAGUCAGUUUACAGGCUACGCCCAGCAUGAUGCUCAGGAGUUCAUGGCUUUCCUGCUCGAUGGGCUGCAUGAGGACUUGAACCGCAUCCAAAACAAGCCUUACACAGAGACUGUUGACUCAGAUGGCCGUCAGGACGAAGUUGUUGCAGAAGAGGCGUGGCAGAGGCAUAAAAUGAGGAACGACUCCUUCAUUGUUGACCUCUUUCAGGGCCAGUACAAAUCAAAGCUUGUGUGUCCAGUGUGCUCUAAGGUUUCCAUAACCUUUGAUCCCUUCCUGUACUUGCCUGUCCCCCUACCUCAAAAACAGAAGGUGCUUACUGUUUUCUAUUUCACUAAAGAGCCUCACAAGAAACCAGUCAAGUUUUUGGUCAGUGUAAGUAAGGAGAACUCGAGCACAGCAGAAGUACUGGAGUCGAUAUCUCGCAGUGUGAGGAUCAAACCAGAGAACCUGAGACUGGCAGAGGUGGGAAAAGGCAGAUUCCAAAGAAUCUUCUCCCCAUCUCACUCCUUGGACACGGUCAUGUCCAAUGACCUGCUCUUCUGCUUUGAGGUAUUGUCAAAAGAUCUCGCCAAAGAGAGGGUUGUGCUGCUGAAGGUCCAUCAGAGACCUCAGGUUCCCAGUAUCUCAAUUACAAAGUGUGCUGGCUGCAUGAAGUCUCCUGCUUCUGACGACGAGAAGCUCAAACGGUGUACACGCUGCUACCGUGUGGGCUACUGCAAUCAAGCCUGCCAGAAGAACCACUGGCACACUCACAAAACUUUGUGCCGAACUAAUGUGGAGAAUAUUGGACUGCCGUUUUUAAUCAGUGUGCCUGAGUCUAGGCUGACUCUCACCCGACUCACACAGCUUCUGGAAGGAUACUCUAGGUACUCUGUGAAUGUAUUCCAGCCACCUUUCCAGUCUGGCCGGACGUCACCAGAAGCCAGCGUGUCCCGUGUUGAUCUGUCCUCCACGGCGAGCAGUGUCACAGAGUGUCAGAAGCUAGAGGAGGAGCUGUCAUCUGUGGCAGAAACCGAGAAUGUUGAGCAGGGUGACUCUGUCACAGCCUCACAAACAGAGACUGUGUCUGCUCUUUCCACACCAGAUGGAGACACACUCUCCACACACACCAUUGAUUCUGGCUGCUGUGAACUUGCUGCCAGCUCCCAAGAUUAUUUGUUGGAGAAAGAAACAUGUGAAAAGGCUGUUAAGCCAGAAGCUGUAGUAACUGGGUAUCAGCAGCCAUCUGAGUCAGGAACUGGAAGUGCCUCUCAAUUCUACAUCUCAGUUCUGGAUUCAAACCAAAAGGAGGAAAAAAAACUUGAGGACAAAGGUGAUGCAGUGCUGGAGCUGCCUGAUGACAGCACACUGGAGCUGGUGUGGAAGAACAACGAGCGGCUGAAAGAAUAUGUGCUGGUGCGCACUAAAGAGCUGGAAUUUGACGAGGACCCGGGCUCUGCUACAGAGACUGCCAGGGCAGGACACUUCACCUUGGAGCAGUGCCUGAAUCUCUUCACCAAACCUGAGGUUCUAGCCCCCGAAGAGGCAUGGUACUGCCCUAAGUGUCAGCAACACCGUGAAGCCUCUAAACAACUACUGCUCUGGCGUCUACCCAAUGUGCUCAUCAUCCAGCUCAAGCGCUUCUCGUUUAGGAGCUUUAUCUGGAGGGACAAGAUUAAUGAUAUGGUCGAUUUUCCUGUCAGAAACUUGGACCUAAGUAAGUUUUGCAUCGGUCAUAAGGAAGACAUCCAGCAGCCCCCCAUCUAUGACCUCUACGCUGUGAUCAACCACUAUGGUGGAAUGAUUGGAGGACAUUACACGGCCUACGCUCGGCUUCCCAGUGACAAGAACAGCCAGCGCAGUGAUGUUGGUUGGCGUUUGUUUGACGACAGCACAGUGACAACAGUGGAAGAGAGCCAGGUGGUGACGCGUUACGCCUAUGUGCUAUUCUACAGGCGCAGGAACUCUCCUGUAGAGAGGCCAUCGCGCUUGCUGGGGCCCCUUGGCGCAGAAUCCUCUGCUGCAACCGGUGGUGCUGCCAGUCAGGCGUCUCUGAUAUGGCAGGAACUGGAGGAGGAUGAGGAAGGGCAGAGAGAAGUCUCCUUUAGGAGCCUGUUCCGCUCCGGUCUACGAGGAAGACGAGCCAGGACAAGGCUGGAGGAAGAAGAGGCUGGCAGGGGAGGGCUGGCACGCCUCAGACAAGACAGCAUCUCCGAUUACUCUGACAGUGACCGUCUAAGAUAUUUUAUCCUGGGCACUAUGGCAGCACUCCUAGCAUUGCUAUUCAACCUCAUCUAUCCUUUGUUGUACAGGUCCAACUGGGGUUAAUUUACUCCUCACAAUCAUUAGACUGCAGUUACAAACCCUCUGUAACGAGUCAGUGCAACCUCAGCAGAAAUUAAUAUUUGCACUUUGCAUUUUUAGUAAUCAUUUACAUGUUGAUUGUGCUUCUGUUUAGCUUUAGAGCCACACAGCCUGGUAGAUUGUAAUUUAUGCAGACCUAAAAUCUCUACUGUCCAUCAACUCCUCUACAUUGUUUAGUGUCAAGUUUAAAAUAAUGCUUCAAAUCGAAAAACACUCAGGGAAAACUUGUGUUUUCUUUUAUGAAGGUUUAUUGUAACAGUAAGCAACAUAUAAAUUAAUUUUCUCAUUUUUUUUCAUGAAUAGUCCAGAGCAAUUAGAGGGAAUAUCCUUUUAGCCAGACUUAAUAUUUAUUUAGCUGGAUGACCAAUCAAUAAAUCAAAUUGAGAUAAAAACCCAAAACUUUAAAAUGGCUAAUUAUGGUCAUUCUUAUCAGAUUAAAAAUGCAACUUUAUUACAAUAAUAAUUAUUUUAAAAAAGCAUAAUGGCAACAUUUUAAACUAAUUAAAACAGUGAUAAUUGCCCUUCCAUAGCUUAUUGUAACACUCUUUAAACCUAUAGCUAUAUUAUGUAAUCUAAAUUUUAACCCUAGUUACUUUAAAUUAAAAUCUUGGUCUUAUUGCGCAUGAUUUGUCAAAGAGAAAAUGUUUUUGUAAUCUUUCAACAAAAAUGUAUAGUUUGUACUGCCUCUGAAACUACUUUCUUUUUCAAUGAAUAUCAUUCUGCACAAGAAGAGAAAAUAAUGUUAAACAAUAACAAAAUAGCUAAUUAGGCAUUGCUUUAGGCUACAUAAUGUUAACGAAUCCCCACUUUUUACAGACCAGUACAAUUUUUUAAUUUUUUUUUAUAUUCUGUUUAAUUCAGAAAUAUGUUGCAUUAUGGGCUGUGAAUUCCAUUUCAUGUUGACCUUAAAUAUGAAUUAGUAGAAUCAUUGUUCUUUUGGGUAAACCUUCCUACUUUAGAUCCAUAAUGAAAUGAUCCCAGAUUUUCAAGCAUUUUUGUUGCAUAUUGAUUUUUUUUUUUCCUUUUUAAAAAAGGAAUUAAUGGGGCUUAUUCAUACAGUGGCAAUAAAAAUUGUGUGAAUCCUUUGGAAUUAUCUGGUUUUCUGUAUUACUUGGUCAUAAAAUUCAAUCUUCAUCAAAGCCACAAGUCUAGACAAACACAAUGUUCUUAAGAUAAUACACAAACAAUUAUAAUCUUUCUUGUCUUUAUUUAACACAUCUCAAUAAACAUUCACAGUGCUGUGAAAAAAGUACACGAGCCCUUGGAUUUAAUAACUAAUCGAUCCUCCUUCAACAAUAACUUAAACCAAGCGUUUCAGGUAGCUGCUUAUUAGACCUGCACAAUGUUCAGAAGGAAUUUUUUACCAUUCUUGCUUACAGAACUGCUUAAACUCAGCCAUAUUUUUAGGAUGUCUGGUGUGAACGGCUCUCUUUGUCAUUCCACAGCAUCUCUAUUGGGUUGAGGUCUGGGCUCUUACUGGGAUGUACUUCAAUGUUUAGGGUCAUUGUCCUGCUGCAUCACCCAAUUUAUACUGAGCUUCAGCUGGUGCACAGCCACCCUGACAUUAUCCUGUAGGAUAUCUUGAUAAACUUGGUAAUUCAUUUUUACCUCUGAUGGCAAGCGGUCCAGGCCCCGAAGCAGCCAAGCUGCCAUAAAUCAUGAUGCUCUCUCCAGUACUUCACCAUUGAGAUGUUUUCAUGUUGGUAUGCGGUCAACUUUAUGCCAUAUGUAGUGCUGCAUGUUCUUCACCAAACAAUUCAACCUUAGUUUCAUCAGUCCAAAAAACAUUGGCAAACUUCAGGCACGCAGCAAUAUUUUUGUUGAAAGGCAGUGGCUUCCUCCUUGGUGUCCAUGCCUGUUUAAUGUUUUCCAUGUAGUAGACUUAUGAAUAGAGAUCUUAACCAGUGCCAGUGAUUUGUUCAAAUCUUUAGCGGUCACUCAAGCAUUCUUUUUUUACCUCAUUGAGUAUUCUGUGGUGUGCCCUUUGAGUCAUAUUAGCUGGACGGCCACUUCUAGGGAGAGUAGCUACAGUACUAAAUCAUGUCCAUUUAUAGACAAUAUGUCUAACUGUGAACAGAUGAAUAUCUAAACUCCUCGAGAUAACUUUGUAAACCUUCAAUUUUGUUAUGUCGUUUUGACGUCAUUAGCUUAGGGCAGGGGUGUCAAACUCGGUUCCUGGAGGGCCACAGUCCUGCAGAGUUUAGCUCAAACCCUAAUUAAACACACCUGAAGCAGCCAAUCAGGGUCUUCAGGAGUGCUUGAAGAUUACGAGGCGGCAUUUUGGAGCAGGGCUGGAACUAAACUGCAUGCUGCGGACCUCCAGGAACUGAGUUUGACACCCCUGGCUUUUGGGGUUCACUUACUUUUUCCAACCUAUACUGUGAAUGUUUGAAUGAUCUAUUCAGUAUUUACAACAACAAUACAAUAAUUUGUGUUGCAAAAAAACAGAUUGUGUUUGUUCAUUGUUUAAACAGAUUUAUCAAACCAUAUUUUAAGAAAAAUGUAUACAUAAAUGCAGGUUAUUCCAAAGGAUUCACAUACUUUCUCUUUUCACUGUAUUUUAAAAACAAAAUGUUUUUGGUUUUUUUCCUCUUUUUUUUCUUAAGACUGUAUUGUAACCAAAAUUAGCUUGUCUUUGAUUUUUGAAGCAGUUUGAAUUGUUACUGUUUUCCAGUCUGUGCAGUUCUGUAAUUAUGUACUCUGUUGGGGUACUAAGCAGGGGUUUAAUUUGGGCGGAACAGUCCAGAACAGCAUUCCGGCACCUCCGAUUAAAACAAACAAAAAAAUGUAUAUUGGCAGUUUGUCAUUUCAUUCUAUGUCCUGCAGGCAGGCUCUAGUUCAGCUUUUUUAUGCAUUCUGUCUCCAUUUACUAAGUGUGCUAGCUUGAAAACACCUUUAAAGUUAAUUACAUAAGAAUAAUGCUUUUGUCUAGUCGGUGUCCUCUAUUUUUGUAUAGAGCAGCACUCUUUUUAACAGGGCACACAGCACUGCUGCCCACUAAUGUUCCUAGAUCGGGAUCACAAAUUUAUAUGUAACCAGUGCUCCAAGUGUGAAGAAAUGUGUGCGUGUGUCCCCAAAAAAUCUCUACUUCAUAUUUAAUCCCUGGAAAUUAUAUUUGUUUUAUAGUUUGCAUGAUUAAUCAAAGCUUAGUUGCACAUUGUAAAAUGAAUUGUGAUUAUGAUUGGAGUGCUGCUAUGUGUGUGGGGAUUUAACAUUUUCAAGUCUCCAGGAUGCUGAAAGUCUAUAAUGGUUCGCAAGUCCACUCACACUACAAAGCCUGAUGACAUUUGGCAUCUGUGAAUGAUUUAAACCACUCAACUUCUGACUCCUUUGGGACAAAGUGACUGAAACUAAACUAAAUUGAUGUUGUACCUCAUUAAGAUCACUUCAAAGUCUAAAAGCUAAUUAAUUUCUAGAGUAUCAUGAUCUGUGAUUCUGUUCAGAGAAUGUUACUUGUUCUUAUUAGGAAGUGAAUCUUUGGUCUUAAUUUUCCAGUCUUUUGAGCAAGGGCACUUAGAUCAAUAAUAAAGUAUUUAUAUUGUGUAUGUAAUCACGUCUGCUUGUUUAUGGGUUCAUGUUUAAGCAGCACUUUUUUCUGGAUUGGUGAUUUUAUUUAAAGUAAAUAUAACAAUCUAUAAACAACAAAAUGUUAAUAUAUUUAUGAUGCUGCACAAAAGGUCUUGGCAAUACACUCUAAAUGCUGCUCAGUUGUAAAGGUGCCCUUACUGCCUUGCCUUCAUAAAUAAAGAUCAAGAUUAAUCUGCGAUUGGAUUUGAAUGGAAUUCUUAAACGUUUUUUAUCUGAUGUCUUUUAUAUUUGCAUGUGAAUCUCCUGAGUUGGCAUUCAUGUACUCCACUCAUAGAGGAUUCAAAAAGAGUUUCUCCAUUUAUAAUG